UUCAUUAACGAUUGUUUUGUUUGUUUUUCAGAAAAAGAAUCAUUCAACAAAUUUUCGAACAAAGAUGUAAUAAGUCGCCUUCAAAUCAUAGAAACUUGUAGAAAAUAAUUAACUUACUACCCAACUCGAACUUGAGAAAGCUGUAAGACAUCCAAAACCCAAGUAAAAAAAAUCUGAAUUUGCACAAAAGUCAGUUUGUAGGCCAUACAGAAGGCAUCCUAACAACUUGGCCGUGGAGAAAGGGGUAGAAAUAUAACAUCCCUUUCAGAUGUCUAAUUUAUGUUGACGAAGUCUUGAGUCAAGUAAAGUUGCCAAUUAGAAUCAUAUGAUAAUACCACUUCUCAUCCCAGAGAGGAGCUGUGUACCCCGAAACAAUGGCAUUCGGAAGCAUAAUAUUCCUCUUCAUCACUAUAUUUUGGUUUUUAUUCAACAAUCCUUGUUAUUCAGAAACAGAUACCUUACAUCAAGGCCAAGAGCUUAAGGACUGGGAUGAAUUGAUUUCAUCUAACAGGGUUUUCUGUUUGAAGUUAUUUAGCUUUGGCACUAUGGUGCAUCCUUAUUUAGGGGUGUUCUACAACAAAGAAAUCCGUAAUUCGGACCACUACCAAAAGAAGGUAUCUGAUGACUUUAGUAAUAUGGCAGUUUGGGUAGCAAACAGAAACAACCCAAUCCCAGAUAUCAACGGCAAGCUCAUCAUAGAUGGUCAUGGAAAGCUCAGCAUCUUAUCUACUGGAAGAACUGUUCUUGAUCUCUUCAAUCCAACUCGAUUAGUAACACGCAACGCAAGUGUUACUCUGUUGAAUACAGGGAACUUGGUGCUUCGAGAACUGCAUCCAAAUGGGUCUGUUAAGCAUAUUUUAUGGCAAAGCUUUGAUAACCCAACAGACGCACUUCUACCUGGAAUGAAACUGGGAAUUAAUCUCAAGACUGGUGACAAAUGGUCACUAACUUCUUGGCGGAAUAAUGAGCUACCGGCCGAAGGAUUAUUUACAUUAGACCUCAAUGAAACAGGUCAAAUGGUCAUUCUAAGGCAAGGGAAUAUCCACUGGACAAGUGGACCUUGGGAGGAUGGUGAAUUUAAAAAUACUUAUCUACAAGGUUCUGGUCCAGAUGUCCGCUUCGAUUAUGUUUCUAACGAGACUGAGAUAUCCUUCACAUAUCUAACAAGAACAUAUGAUUCUUAUCCAGCUCUGAGGAUGCAUCAAGAUGGUCAGCUUAAGGGUUCACCUCUAAACUUAAGCCUCCACUGCCGCUCCAUUAAUGACCCUCAUGGCUGCGCUGAAGAUGAGUUUGAAAAAUUAAAAUGCAGAAAAGGUUAUCAAAUUGAAUCAACAGAAGGCUACAGUAACUAUAUUUCUGCUUUUGGUUUUGGUUUUGGUUUUGGAGAUGAAUAUGUAUAUAAUGAAAGUUAUAACCAAUAUGAUUGCCAAAAUAUAUGCUGGAGAAACUGUUCUUGUGUGGCCUAUACUACAACUAGAAACAGGGUAGGCUGCACGACUUAUGGUAAAACCGCAGACUAUAUGCAAGUUCAGCAAAACAAUAUAUAUUACGCCAUCUAUCAUCCUGAAGAAGUGAAGACGGAGAAGAAGUAUGAGAAGAAGAAGAAGAAGAAGAAAAAUAAGGCCUGGAUUUGGUUGAUUAUCUUGAUUGGAUUGAUUAUCAUGAUUGUCUCUAUAGUACUCCUAUCAUCCUAUUGGGUAUACAAGAACAUUAAUUUUAAAGAGAUCGCUAAGAAAAUCAAGAAGCAGUUGCUGCUCCAGAUGAGACGCAUUAGACAGUUUUACAUUAAUAUACGGACAGAUAAGAAUAUGAACACUGAGCUGCGUUAUUUCACCUUUCAAAGCAUCUCAUCUGCCACAAACAAUUUUUCAAGCACUAAUAAGCUAGGGAAGGGGGGUUUUGGAGAAGUUUAUAAGGGAAAAUUAGUUGAUGGGCAAGAGGUUGCGGUCAAACGACUUUCAAAAACCUCUGGACAAGGAGUCAAAGAGUUUAAGAAUGAAACCGAACUCAUUGCCAAACUUCAACACACUAAUCUUGUCCGGCUUCUAGGGUGUUGCAUUGAAAAACAAGAACAAAUACUUGUAUAUGAAUAUAUGCCUAAUAGUAGCUUGGAUUCCUUUCUAUUUGAUCCUACCAAGAAAGGAUUGCUGGAUUGGAACAAUCGCUUUGUAAUCAUUGAUGGCAUUGCUCAGGGGCUUCUGUAUCUCCAUAGGUUCUCAAGGCUGAGGAUAAUCCAUAGAGAUCUAAAAGCCAGUAACAUCUUGCUAGAUGAUUACCUGAAGCCAAAAAUAUCAGAUUUUGGCAUGGCUAAGUUAUUUGGGAUCAACGAGUCAGAAGCAAAUACAAGUAGAGUCGUUGGAACACGCGGAUAUAUGCCUCCAGAGUAUCUGAUAGAUGGCAUCAUUUCAACCAAGAUAGAUGUCUUUGGUUUUGGUGUUUUGCUGCUUGAGAUAAUAAGCAACAAGAUGAAUUAUGUGAGCUAUGAUGUGGAACACCCACUCAACCUUCUUGGACUCGCAUGGGAACUGUGGAACCAAGGCAGAGGUUUGGAGUUGAUGGAUCAAGUACUGGAAGAUACAUGCACUCCAAAGGAAGUAAUGACAUGCAUUCAUGUGGGUUUGUUAUGUGUUCAAGAUCAUGCCACAGACCGACCUACCAUGUCAGAAGUUGUUUCCAUGCUUACAAAUGAAAAUAUGAAUCUACCUGAGCCAAAACAACCAGCGUUCUUCAUUGAGAGGCACGAGACCGAAACUGAGACUGAGGCAGAAAGAAGAGAUAAGUUGAGAAAUGUAUCCGAAAAUGGCGAUUCAGUUUCAAUUAUAGUGGCGAAAUAGAAGGCAGCAUAAACAAACAUGUUUAGUAUCAUUAUGGUACUUAAUGUGCUACUUUUCCAAACAAUCAGAUUGAAAUUUGAUUUCAUGACCCAUGAUAAUUGCUUAAGAAUAAUGAUGAUAAAAACUCAACUAAUGAACA